GAGCUGGGCUAGUCACUCCCCUCCACUCCACCUCCUGCAAUAUUGCUCCUGUGCCUUAGCCACAGCGCUUGGUAGAGGGGCUGUGGUCGCAGGAUCUCUUCUCUCUGCCCGUGUCCAGAACCAAUCUGCUAUCAUGAGCAGCCACUCACCCCCUGCAUCCAAAGGAAACGACAGCAAGAGGUUCAAGGGGGACAGCAGGGGCAUUGAGGGCUCCUCGAGAGUGAUCCACAUCUACAGACUGCCAAGCAGUGUCACCGAAAGAGAGGUUCUCUUUCUGGCUCUGCCAUUCGGGAAGGUGUCCAACCUACUGUUUCUGAAGGAGAAGAACCAGGCCUUCAUGGAGAUGAACACAGAGGAGGCCGCCAACACCAUGGUCAGCUACUACACCUGUGUGACUCCUGUGCUGCGUGGGCAGCCUGUCCACGUCCAGUUCUCCUGCUACAAAGAGCUCAAGGUGAGAAGAUCCCGCAGGAAGGAGGGUGCCUCUAGCCAGGAGGGUGACCCGAGGCAGGCAGCUGCCUCCAGCCAGGUGGGUGCCCAAGCAGGCCAGGAGGGUGCCUCCAGGCAGGUGGGUGCCCAGCCAGGCCGGCCAGCUGAGAAGUCAGACCAGGCAGGAAAUGUGGCCUGGGCCGCCCCUGCCGCUGCUGGGGACACGGGGAGAGUGCUGGCCGGUCGAACCCCUGUGCUCAGGAUCCUUGUGGAGAACUACUUCUGUCUCGUGACCUUGGAAGUGCUGCACAAGCUCUUCUCCAGGUUUGGCACAGUUCUGAAAAUCAUCACAUACAGUAAGAACAACCGGUUCCAGGUGCUGUUACAGUAUGCGGACCCGCUGAGUGCCCAGCGUGCCAAGCUGUUCCUGGAUGGGCAGAACAUCUACGACGCCUGCUGCACACUGCGCAUCACCUUCUCUGGGUUCACUGACCUCACAGUCAAGUACAACAACGACAAGAGCCGCGACUACACGCGCCCGGACCUGCCCUCGGGGGACAGCCAGCCCUUGCCAGCCCAGAACAGGGCCUCAGCCCUCGGUGUGCCUGUCGCGAUCUCAUCUUCUUCCUAUGCAAGCACUGGGUUACCUCAGACCUUCGCGAUUCCUCAAGCUGCAGGCUUUGCCUAUGUUCCAGAAGUGUGUAGGGCCCCGGCGCCCCUGGCCGUGCCAGAAGUGGCUGUGGCAGCGGUGGCAGCUGGACCAGAGAGCCAAGUCAUCACCUCGGGCUCCCCAGCUCUGGCGAAUGCUGUCCUCCUCGUUGCCAACCUCAACCCUGAGAAAGUCACUCCCCAAAGCCUCUUUAUUCUGUUUGGUGCCUAUGGCAACGUGCAGCGGGUGAAGAUCUUGUACAAGAAGAAGGAGAACGCGCUGGUGCAGAUGGCAGAUGGGAGCCAGGCUGAGCUGGCCUUGAGGCACCUGAACGGGCACAAGCUGCAUGGCAAGUCUCUCUGCAUCGUGCGGUCCAAGCACCAGAGCGUGAAGCUGCCCCGGGAGGGCAAGGAGGACCAGGACCUCACCAAGGACUAUGUCAACUCCCCACUGCACCGCUUCAAGAAGCCCGGAUCCAGGAACUUCCAGAACAUCUUUCCGCCCACUGCCACCCUGCACCUCUCCAACCUGCCCACCUCGGUCUUGGAGGAAGACCUCAAGAAGCUCUUCUCCAGUGGCGGGGGUUCUGUCAAGGCCUUCAAGUUCUUCCCAAAGGACCGCAAGAUGGCGCUGAUCCGUAUGGGCUCGGUGGAGGAGGCCAUACAGGCCCUGGUGGAGCUGCAUGGUUAUGCCCUAGGCCAGAGCCACCACCUUCGAGUCUCCUUCUCCAGGAUCACCAUCUAGAUAGAGGACCCUGCUGGGCUCGCUGCAGACAGCUUCCACCAAUAGAGCAAAGGACACUUGAAAAGCCACUGGAGCGACCUUAGCACAACAGAGAUUUGCCACUGUCUUGAGACAGAGAGAGAGACAGAGAGAGAGAGAGAGAGAG